AAUAAUCGAAAUUCAGUCUCCGAUGUCACACCCCAAUAAAAUCCACACGUUUUCGGAAAAUCCAGAAAUCGUCAACUUCACCUAUAUAUAUCUAACCCUAUGAAAUUCACGCAAUUUUCAUCCUUGCUUCCUUUCCUCCCUUACUUUUCAACCAUUUUGAUUGCAUGAUUGAGCAGCAAAAACGGACAUGGCUCUGAAUGCAGCACCGAUCUUGCUUUACUGCGCUAGCGCUAGCAAAAGCUCCUCAUAUUCUCAAUCGGCAUUCCCCGUUCUUCCCGGCGGGCGACCUAAUCUUCCGUAUUCGAGGAUUCAAAGGGAAUUAAAGUGCUUGUGUCAGAGAGCAGUGGCACCAGUUGAAGAUGAGAGCUCUUCAGCUCACGAUGUUGCUCAAAGAGACUUAAAUUCUCUCCCAAAGCCAUUGUCAGCAACACAUUUAUCUUCUUCAUCUAGUGAUGGUAAGAUGGUCCGUGUUGCAUAUCAGGGGGUUCCUGGAGCUUAUAGUGAGGCUGCUGCUUUGAAAGCAUAUCCAAAAUGUGAGACUGUCCCAUGUGACCACUUUGAGGCUGCAUUCAAGGCAGUUGAGUUGUGGUUGGCAGACAAAGCAGUACUUCCGAUCGAGAAUUCAGUUGGAGGGAGCAUCCAUCGUAACUACGACUUGCUUCUUCGCCAUAGACUUCACAUUGUUGGGGAAGUUCAGUUAAUUGUUAAUCACUGCCUUCUAGGAUUGCCGGGGGUUAGGAAGAAAGAGUUAAAGCGUGUAUUAAGCCAUCCACAGGCACUUGAUCAGUGUGAGCUUUUCCUGAAUGAACUGGGUGUAACCAGAGUAACUGCGGAUGAUCCUGCUCAUGCCGCUCAGAUUGUAGUCUGUGAAGGUGUGAGAGAGACGGGAGCAAUUGCAAGCACUCGAGCUGCUGAAAUAUAUGGACUUGAUGUUCUGGCUGAAGGAAUACAGGAUGAUUCUGACAAUGUUACCCGUUUUCUGAUACUCGCAAGGGAACCUAUAAUCCCAGGAACAACUAGACCUCAUAAGACUAGCAUUGUCUUCAGUCUGGAUGAGGGCCCUGGAAUUUUGUUCAAGGCAUUGGCAGUGUUUGCUCUGAGGGGCAUUAAUUUGUCUAAGAUUGAGAGCCGACCACAAAGAAGACGGCCUUUGAGGGUUGUUGAUGACUCAAACAGGGGAAGUGCCACAUACUUCGAUUACCUCUUUCACAUAGAUUUUGAAGCUUCUAUGGCGGAGCCCCGUGCCCAGUAUGCUCUGGGACAUCUCCAAGAGUUUGCAAGGUUCCUCCGAGUCCUUGGUUGUUAUCCCAUGGAUACACUUCCAUGAACAAAUACGCAUGUAUCUCACCAUUCUGAACGGCUUAACUUCUCAUUUCUGAUUAAUGGAAUAGUCUCUAUCUAUCACAGUCCUUUUGCUUCAGGGACCGCAAAAGACUCCCUCGAUCGUGUGAAUGUUCGUCUGAUCGCAAGCUUAGUAUCUAACUGGUAUCUCGUUCUAUUGUUAGAUUCUUCACCCUUCCAACUAAGCUUUCAGGGCAUCUGCUAUCUUUAUUCCAAUUAGACUGAAAUAGGACAUUUUUUCAUUUCGAAAACAUGAGAGAUUUGGGGAAGAAAAGUCUGAAGCUGUGAGACUUUUGGUUCUAUAGAAUGUAUUGAUCUUGUAAAUGCUACACAAUAUAGAGUCAAGUGUCGUUAAUUAUGUUAAUUUGCAUGUGUGUUUGUAAACUAGAUACCAUUAUAUAUGUCUUUAAGUUUCAUGAGGAUCCUUUCUGUUUAGGUAUGACAUGAUGUAUUGCCUGAUCUUUCAUCUCUGGAAAUAAUAGUGUAUAUUUUAAGUUCU